AGCAGCAGCAGCAGCAGCAGCUGCGGCGGCGGCGGCGGCGCCUCGGAUCUUUGCGCCGCGGACAGCAUGACGGAGGUGAUGAACACACGCGAACCUGUUAUGGAGGAAUUUACCUUGAGCCAGCCUGAGGAAGAAGGAGGCACCUCCAGCCAGGCUUUUCCAGAGGCACACGAGAAGUACCCCAAGCUGUCGAAAAGAUUACCCUCCAUUGUGGUAGAGCCAUCCGAGACGGGGGAUGUUGAAAGCGGAGAGCUUCGUUGGCCACCGGACGAUCUGAAAUCCAUGGAGGACAAGAAGGCUCUCGCUGCACAGAGGGCUCAGCAGCAGAAAAUGGAUCUUGAAAGUGCUUUGCCACAUCAGGACAUAGGAGGCAGUACAGAACCCGCUGAAACCAGAACUGAGGAUGAUGACUGAGCAACUUCAUUCAGCGGGCCAGAAGUCGGAGAUUUGGUGUGAACUUAAUCGGAAAGCUAGCAUAUUCUAAAGACAUGUCAGAGUGAUCUCUUUAAAAAAUUGCAAAAGGGUUUUGUUUUCCUUUUUUUUAAAAAAAAAAUUAAGUUAGUAUGUGACCAGGAAUUGUUAGGCUUUAGAACUGUUCCUUUCAAAAAGUUUACCUUUUCAGGCUGGCGUUCAUAUCAUUUAAAUCUCCUUUUUGGAGGAAGCGGGUCGCAUUGCGGAAAUACAUUCCAGUGAUUAUUAAAGUAAACAUGAAACAUGUAA